ACAACGUGCGCCGUUGGCACUGCUGUGAAAAGUGUACUUGGACAAAACCGAGCAAUACUGACCAGAUGGGUUACCGUUAUUUCCGUUUGUCCAUGAGAAGUGACAGGACGCUUACUUGACUCCCACUGUGGCUGAAAGAGAAACUAUUUCUGACAUAUAUAUAUGACUUAUAGAGGUUGUGUGCUCACCCGUGGCUCCUACCUUCUUCCCCAGCGCAACUUUGAAGAGGAACCAACUUUUCCAGGUGAAAGAUGUCUGUGAGCAAUCACGAGAACCGGAAGUCGAGAUCCAGCUCCGGCUCCAUGAACAUCCAGCUGUUCCACAAGGCGUCCCACGCGGACAGCCUGCUCACGCAGCUGAACCUGCUGCGCAAACGGCGGGUGUUCACCGACGUGGUGCUGCGGGCGGGGCACCGCGCCUUCCCCUGCCACCGCGCCGUGCUGGCCUCCUGCAGCCGCUACUUCGAGGCCAUGUUCGGCGGCGGCCUGAAGGAGAGCCGCGACGCCGAGGUCAACUUCCACGACUCGCUGCACCCCGAGGUGCUGGAGCUGCUGCUGGACUACGCCUACUCGGCCCGCGUCAUCAUCAACGAGGAGAACGCCGAGUCGCUGCUGGAGGCCGGCGACAUGCUCCAGUUCCACGACAUCCGCGACGCCUCCGCCGACUUCCUCGAGAAGAACCUGCACCCGUCCAACUGCCUGGGGAUGAUGCUGCUGUCGGACGCCCACCGCUGCGAGCGCCUCUACGAGCUCUCCUGGAGGAUGUGCCUGGCCAACUUCGCCACGCUCUUCAAGACCGAGGACUUCCUGGGCCUGCCCAAGGACAAGGUGCAGGAGCUGAUCUUCAGCGAGGAGCUGGAGGUGGAGGACGAGAGCCUGGCCUACGAGGCCGUCAUCGACUGGGUGAAGGCGGACGUGGAGCGGCGGAUGGCGCACCUCCCCGAGCUCCUCCGCUGCGUCCGGCUGGCGCUGCUGCCCGAGACCUACCUGCUGAAGAACGUGGCCUCCGAGGAGCUGGUGAUGAGCCACAAGGUGGGCCGGGAGAUCGUGGAGGACGCGGUCCGCUGCAAGAUGAGGAUCCUGCAGAACGACGGCGUGGUGACGGGCUUCUGCGCCCGGCCCCGCAAGGUCAGCCAGGCCCUGCUGCUGCUCGGCGGCCAGACCUUCAUGUGCGACAAGGUCUACAUGAUCGACCACAAGACCAAGGAGAUCACGCCCAAGACGGACAUCCCCAGCCCGCGCAAGGAGUGCAGCGCCUGCGCCAUCGGCUGCAAGGUCUACGUCACGGGGGGCCGGGGGUCCGAGAACGGGGCCUCCAAGGACGUCUGGGUCUACGACACCUUGCACGACGAGUGGUCCAAGGCCGCGCCCAUGCUGGUGGCGCGGUUCGGUCACGGUUCGGCCGAGCUGGACCACAUCCUCUACGUGGUGGGCGGGCACACCUCCCUGGCCGGCUCCUUCCCGGCCUCCCCGUCCGUGUCGCUCAAGCAGGUCGAGCAGUACGACCCGCAGACCAACAAGUGGACCCUGGUGGCCCCGCUGCGGGAAGGGGUGAGCAACGCCGCCGUCGUCGGGGCCAAGAACAAGCUCUUCGCCUUCGGCGGCACCAGCGUCAACCGGGAGAAGUUUCCCAAGGUGCAGUGCUUCGACCCGUGCCAGAACCGCUGGUCGGUGCCCGCGGUGUGCCCCCAGCUCUGGCGCUACACGGCCGCGGCGGUGGUGGGCAACCACGUGGUGGUGAUCGGCGGCGACACGGAGUUCUCCGCCAGCUCGGCCUACCGCUUCAACAGCGAGACCUUCCAGUGGUCCAAGUUCGGGGACGUCACGGCCAAGCGGAUCAGCUGCCACGCGGUGGCGUCCGGCAACCGGCUGUACGUGGUGGGGGGCUACUUCGGGGCCCAGCGAUGUAAAACCCUGGACUGUUACGACCCCUCCACGGACACUUGGGACAGCAUCACCAGCGUCCCGUACUCGUUAAUCCCCACUGCGUUCGUCAGCACCUGGAAGUAUCUGUCUGCCUAGGGCCGAGAGGACAACAUACCGUUGAUGAGCACCGCGGUCUGGAAUGCGUGUGUGUCGCCGUUGGUGGAAUGCCGUGGGGCGGAGGAUUUUCGGGCGGGGUUCGGGGAUUGGAGGGUGGGGGCGGGGGGUGUUGGAGUAAGGGUGAAAGAAAGAUGGGAAUCCUCCACAGCAGUGGGAAUCACAAGGACAUCUCACAUCGGAUCAGCCUGGGAAAGAGGGGGCUGAGGUCAUGGACCGGACCGUGGAAACCGGAAUCUCGGAAUCUCCCUCCCCCGUCCCGUCCCCUUCUCCACGCUAACAGAGGUCCCUGCGCUCCGGGCAGGAGCUACAACUCGGAUGGGAACGGACACGUAACCAUGGCUACGACGCAGUUAGCGCCGCUGGGCUGUGACUGGGGCCUGUCACAAACGUGGCUGAAUCAAGCCCCGUGGGUACUGGCUAACCGGGCUUUAUGGGACUGCUAUAGGAGGUGUAGCCUAGUGUAAAAUCCAGCUAUGACCAGCUUGAAAUGACCAGCUACCAGCUGUUUCAAAACAUAGCUUGAGCUGGUCAAACCAUGUUGAGAGUGGAGCUUGUCUGAACUGGUCAACCAGCUACCAGCUGUUUCAAAACCUAGCUUGAGCUGUUUUUUUUUCCCCAGCAGAGUAGGGCCAUAGCCUGAGCAGCCAUUUUGUUUGCUAACACUCUCCUGCAUCUCAUGUGGAGGAUUCUACUUGCGGUAUCUGCACAACGGAUUCCGAAAUCGCCUGCAAGUUACUGUAACAAACUACCACAGUUUGAAUAAAAAAGCUAACAGUUUACAUUUUGUUGUUUGUCCGUUUAAAGUUUUUUGAGACAUGUUUUCUUCACGUCUUCAGUAACCCAAGAGUUCCUUAGUCCUGCUAAGCUGUAGGACGGGGGUUGUGUUACUCUUAAGUCAAGAAUACAGGCCAUGCUUACACAUUUGGAAGCUGUGUUCGGGAAGCAGAUAGUUUUGUACACAAAAACAUGUCCCUGAUUUAUUUUUAGUUCUGGAGUCAUGUUGCCUUCAAUUUUGGUUAUCUAAAUUUGUAUCUUCUUUCUGUACUUAAAAUUGCUAUGCAGAGAAUGUGACUUAUGAAUGAAGAUGCUUUUUCCACACUGUAAGAGUUUCUGUCUGCGUGUCUGAUGUAGUGUCUACUGUUUUGCCAUGUUUGUGUACGUGUGUAUGAAUUCUCAGGGAUUUCUAUUUGUUUGUUUAUCACAGUCGUAAUGUAGCACCCAUCUACCUUCUUGCAUUAAUGCUAAAUAGCAUUUUCCAGCCUUUUUAGGAUCAUUGUGCUAAGUGUCAGUGGCAUUUUCUUCUGUCUUUAAUUUAUCUGUUGCACAGAAACUAAAUUGCUUUGCUCCUUUUUUCUGGCAAUGCCUUAUUAGUGGAUCGAGAUUGAUAAAUAUUUGCUUUAAAUAUGUUUUUUGUGGGUUUUUUUGGUCAAAUGGCCUUUGAUUUGCACAUAAUUUUUAACCUUUGUCUUAAUUAUUGGUUACUGUUGUUUCUUCCCUGUGACAGUUUUGAAUGACUCUGUAGGAGAAUCGUAGCAUGUUUUUGAGUAUUUUUUUACAUAUGUACCUUUUUCUGAACCUUUACAGAAGAAAGCAAUGUUACUACAUGUUAUGAGCUUUUUUUGAUGCUAUUGUUGAUAUUGUAAGGUAUGUACAUGAUAAAAAUAUUUGUGGAAUGACUUUUUGUAACAAUAAAUUAACUCUUUAAAAAUAAACUAAAA